AUGGCAAACUUAACUUCAGCCACGUUGUGGAGCGUAUUCCUUCGCUCGCUGUCACGCUUGGAGGUCUCAUUUCAUUUCCUCUCGCGCAUUCGAGAAAGCACUUUCGGUUUCCUGGCGUCUUCCUUCUCGAGAGACAUCUCCUCGUCGCACGUCGUUCAUCAUCACGGCAAGGCUUCUUCACUCAGAGAAUCAUCUCUAUUUCCUUUAUCCUUCAUUUUUCACCGAAUCAUUCAUAGAGCUAAACCCUCUGUUGGGGUUUCUUCUCCUUUUCACCAUUUCCCUUCGAUUCCACCGAUUAAAACCUUGUUUUCACCAUUAGAAACAUUUUCCACCGAUUCAACUUUGAUUUACACCGAUCAAUCGGUCCAGAAUAGGUUUCCUUCUUCUUCUAGGGUUUCUAUCAAGUUUAAUCCUUUGUUUCUUGUUCUUCUUCGAGUUUUUGUCAUAUUUUCGCUACGUCUUCUCUUUGGAAGAAGCUUCGAGGAUUCGCGUCGCGCCUACAGUCAUCUUCUCAGAGCUGCUCUUCCAACCGUAGUUAUAGUUCACAUUCUUCUCUACCCCUACUUGAACACUGAUGCGGGGACAAUGUCUCCUUUCGAGCAUGCGGAGGUUUUCGUCUUAGAUGAUAGCGGAGAGUUUGUUAUUGAGAAGGAGAGAAGAGGAGAUUAUGGAAGAGGAGAGGUCAAGCUCGGGCAGCCUUGGGGGAGUUUGUUGAGGCUAUUGAAGAUUUGACUAAGGCUUUAGAGUUUGAAACCAACUCAGCAGAUAUUUUACAUGAGAGAGGGGAUAUUGAGUCCAUGCCUUUUAUUGAAGCACUGCUGGAACCGUAUUUAUGCAGUUUAAUUUGUUAAUUUCAUGGUUUUGAUGGUUUUCUUUUUUUCUUUUUUCUUUUAAAAUUGAAUUUCAUACUUUUGCAUUUUAAGUGGUUUAAGUUCAUGCAAUAUCCUAAACCUUUUCCUUUGAAUUUAUCCUAAAGUGUUUGGGUCUUCAAACUAAUUCCUUUAUCAUUUACAGUGUUGCAGCAGAGCCUAAUUUGAAGGAGUCGACUGCAAGGAAAAAAAUUUAUGACAGAUGUGAUGAAACUGUGAGUGGCAGACAUCUCAAAUAUGCAUCAUCUAAAGAAAAAGAAAAAACAUGUGCAUAGAUAUUUAUUU